AUGUACUCGUUCAAAUACCCUCUCUUCACACGUCAACUCUCCUUCUCUACCCUCUUGGACCUUACCGAAAAGCAAGAAGCUCCUCAACCUUACCCUUCAAGGCCAAUCCGACCGCGAGUGGCCAUUAUCGGUGCUGGUAUCACCGGCGUUGCGACAGCAUGUCACAUCAUCGAUGCUGGCUACGACUGCCACAUCUUCGAGGCUGGAUCCGAAGAUCACAUCGGUGGAGUCUGGUCAACAGUCAAUGAAACUUCGAGCCUCCAGGUCCCUUCAUCCUUCUACAAGUUCCACCCGGCCGUCGAGUGGAACAGCCUUUACCCCAACCGACAAGAGAUCAUCGGCCAGGUGAAGAAGCUCUGGGACAACUACGACCUCGCCAAGCGAUCCACAUUCAAUUGCCGUGUCGAGAACACUUACAAGGAGGACGGCAAGUGGUAUGUGAACGACCACUCAUUCGGUGGAUUCGACGGCCUCGUCGCUGCCGUCGGUACCUGUGGUGAGAUGUACAACCCCGGAAUGCUCGGUCAACAACACUUCAAGGGCAAGAUCCUGCACUCUUCGCAAUUGGCGAAGUCCGACGUUCGCGGCAAGAAUGUCUUGGUCAUUGGCGGAGGCGCCAGUGCCGUCGAGGCUCUCGAAUUCGCAGUCGAUAAUGGCGCGUUACAGACCACUGUUCUGGCAAGGUCUGAGAAAUGGUUCCUCCCGAGACACGCGACCCUGAAUGCCGCCCUCGCUGCGACUGUCGGCGACCGAUGGGGCAUCCUCGCCUGGAUCAUCGAAUUCCUUCUCCGACUAUUCUUCUACAAGGAGCUGAGCGAGAUGGCUCCUCCGGUCAACUCCGAGAAGGGUGGGAUCUACUCCGGCACUCCUAUCUGCAACAGCCGCGUCUUCGACCUCAUCAGGAAGGGUCGAUGCAGCUGGGUUCGAGGUGAUGUCCAGCAUCUCACAGAAGACGGUGUCAAAUUCACUCGCCGCAAGCGAGGUGUCGCACCCGGCGGCGAGGGCGAGACCACUAUCGAGAAGGGUCAAGUCGUCAUCAUGGCUACCGGCUUCAAGCGUCCUCAACUCAACUUCCUUCCUCAGAACGUCCGCAGCAGCAAGUACAAGUCACCCAACUGGUACCUCCAAGCAUUCCCUACCGAAGACGCCUCCAUCGCUGCCAUCAACUGCACAUGGCUCGAUGGUAUCGGUAGCAUUGGCGGUGGCCACAUUGGUGUUUACGCUCGUUUCCUCGUUGCCUUCCUCGUCGACCAACAAGCCCGUCCCACAACAUGGAUGAUGCAGCGAUGGGUCGACCUUGUUGAGAUGCUUAAGAGGCCUUACAAGGGUGGCCCACUCGCAUUCGUCACGACCAUGGAGCUCUACUUCUGGUUCCUCUUCAUGGCUGCAGCCCAACCGUCAAUGUGGAAGUGGUUCAAGUUCAUCAUCCAGGGCCCUGAAGAGUCCAACGGCGUACCCGAGCAGUUCAAAGAAGCGCCCAUCAAGACAUCAAAACCAGUCAAGUUCAACCCCAUCUACUACGAUGAAAAGAGCGGACGGAGCGUCGUCGCAGAGACCCCGGUGGUCCUAUCACGAUAG